AGAAAUAAAUAUGUUGAGAACUACUUCAUGACUCUUGUAUUCAACAUUGAAACUACAAAAUGGUACGAUGCUGUUCCAAUUACGUUCCAAGUGCGAGGACCAAUGUUACGAUCCUUUCAGCAGCGAGGAGGAGUCCAAUUUUUGACAGCUGUAAAGGAAGUGCCACAUGAUUUCUAGAUGCGAUUAGGUACUAUUAGUAUCACUAUCAAGUUGUAGAGGAGCGAUGCAUGGAAGAUCUGAUGAAGUACACUGAAAUAUAAAUAACUGUAGCCGCGAGUGCGACAAGCACAAUAAUCAUGCUCAUCAUGGACCAGUCUUUUGGUUUUCAUCUUGAGUGUUAGUACUCUGCUACUAUGCCUCAUCAUUGAAGAACAAUAAAUGUGUUGAUAUACCGCCUGUGCGACCUAAAGAAGAUGAAAAUGAACGAAAUAAGUUGUUUGCGAAUGGGUAAUAUGUAUUGUUCCAAGAGGAACAAAAAAACUUGUACAGUAUUACUGUAGUUCGUGGUCCUGACGAUCGAUUAUUGUUUCUUGGCACUACAACAACCAGCGACACUGGCGACUAUCUUUUACUUCAAGAACUGUAGAAGUACCUAGGAAUGUGAAAAAAAGAAAAUCCCGAAACGAAGUGAGUAAACUACAUCAACACCAUUCAUACGGACUACAGAAUGAAUAAGGAUAUUACAAAUCUCACAAGAUGAUGACCGUCAUGCUGCGGUGGGCGCAACUGAUCCUGCGAGUGGACCACCGCCGAACUUUCCCUAUGCAUUGCAAAAGUAUCGUACUAGUAUAAAAUGCAUUUACAAAUUUUCCCAAGAAAAAAAUUCAAUUUGUCAUGCUAGUUCAGGUAGAAAGUUGGAUUUGUUAUGCAUAUCUGCAAUUAGUACGUCGAACGAGUACGAUACUUUUGCACAGGAUAUCCCCCUCCGCAAACCAACUGCCAUACUAGCCGUUCGGAGAAUUUAGAAGAAAAAAUAGCGCCCCUAGUAAUCUCGCACAUCAUCUCCAGUAAUUGAUGGGGCUUCCAGAAGUAGAAUACAGAAGGUAAUGUCAAAGUAAGAACAAGCUACACCGACUCGCUCCACCUUGAUGUUUUAUAGUUCUUGCUCUAUGUUGAAGAAGAAGCGUUACUUCAAAUAACUAACGUCUCCUAGGGUUGUAAAUGAACCGCCUACCACCUAUAAUUUAACACUUGUGGCUUUUUUUAGGUUGCUAGAGAAAUUUUCCUACAUCAACUGUAAGACCGAAACGACGAGAUGAAGUUCACCUUCUACAACUACACACUGAUUGAUCCUUUCUGUAUUACAUGUUGUUUUAGCGCGUUUCACUUUUCUGAUCCUGAACAUAGGCUGACACAGAUUACCGCUUUCAAUCAUCAAGGUUCUUCAUCAUCUUCUCUCAUCGUUCGGAUCUAACUUUUUCUUGAUUUGUAGAAAUAUGGAAUUUAUUCAAUUCAGCUCGAGGUUGGCGAUGUCGAAAGCAAUCAAAAUAGACGAAGAUGAAGUUGUAUUUAUUACAACUGUUGAAGCAGUACUAGAGGCGCGCUCAGAUCUUCGGUGAACUUGAACUAGUCGUAGUCUGAUGGUAACGGUAUAAUUCCGUGUCCAUCGGCGCUUCUUAGAAGACCCGACUUGUCGCCUACUCCUAACGCGAUCGCGAACCGGUGCCAGGGUGAACUCUGAGGAUGACUCUGGUCCUGAAGAAGAUCGACGAUGUGCCGGCCGCGACGGCGCGCUGGAUUGAGAACUUGCGCUUCAUCAACCACGCGGUUCUCUGCUACCUGGCUCACCGCCUCUGCAAGGAGUCGCCCGCCUGCAAACAGGCUUGGCACGAGUAUUUUUAUUUCGAUAAGAACCUAUUGCUAUUCAUGUGCUGUCAUCAAAAAAACUAUGCUUUGAUAUUGAUUUCAAGGGCAACUGCAUUGCUUUGGAUUAUCGUCGAUAUGUAUGAAACUUUCUUUCAUCGUCUCAGGUGGGCGAUCAACUAUGCGAAAGGCAGCAUUGGCGUGCCCACCCCGGAGGAAAAGCCGGAACGCUACGGUUACGUGGAGUUGCGGCACUUUUGCAGUUAUCAAAUGCAAAAAUGUCUGGGUCUGGAAAGUUGCAAGAUUUGUCAUGCAUCUCGCGAUCCACACUCAUGGUCUGUAAUGCAGACAGAAGCAUCACACAUUUUUUCAGACCUUCCUCAUGCCUCUUCCGCAUGAGAAAUUCCCCUUUUCUUGCCUAGCGAGGAUUGGGUAACUGUUGGAGUUCAUGCAACACAGACUUUCACGUGAUCCAGUUUUCGCAUGACAGGCUUCAUUCUUCCAGACCCAGACAUAUUUGCAAUGCAUAGCAGUCUGGUGGCGCACCGGAUGAUCCACCCGUUGAAGCCGAUUGCCUUACUUACGGAGUUCUCAAAUGUUACAUUCUCAACUGUUACAUGAUUUGUCAUGCAAAACUACCAUUAUCAUCUACACGAUCAAGCUGUUCUGCAUGACAAAUUCUGGAAGGGCCAAACAGGCUGACAAUCUGUGCCAAAUCUGUCAUGCAAGACGCGCAAUUUCCCCCCUUUCGCUUUCACUCUUCCCAUUCUUGCAUCACAAAUCCAUGUAACAGUUGAGAGUGUAACGUUUGAGAAUACCAUAUUACUCGGCCGGCACGUGUACCAGCUGCCGUACCUGCCCGAGCGCAUCGCGGUGCACAAGAUGUGCGAGUGGGGCAUCCUCGCCUUCGCAAACCCACCGCGGGCCGUGCCGCGACGGAAUAAUACUAAAUCUAAAUCGGCACUGCAGCUCGCCGACAAAAGCUGCAAGGAAGCUGGUGCAGUAGUUUCCGAAGGAGGACGAGAGGACCACGGCACCAGCGCAGCUGCAGCAACAGCUAAGGACCACUACACUGCCGACAGUACUAUCACCACUGCGGCGAAAAGCGCUGUAAAGGCUGCCAAGAGUGGAGGUCGUAGUACAACUUCGCCCGCACCAUCAAAGAAGCGGGCAAGCACCGGACGGCCGAGUGGUGGCGCAAAGCCUACAACUACUUCCAUCGGGGUAGCAAGUGGUGCGAGAACUGCAGGAGCUUCAGUUCUUAAGAAGACCACAAAUAAACCGGGGGCGAAGAAGAUCAUUCUAAGGAGUAGAAAAGCAGGAACAAGCACUAAAGCGAACAAACCUGCUGCUGCGCAGGCAUCUGGAAUACAAACGGGAAUAAGUCAAGUACAGACGACAACGUCAACAACGAUAAAAAAGACUGCCGGUGAUCAUGAUCAAGAAGAAAGAUUGCAGCAGGAUGAUAAAGUAGUCAACUACGUCCGAGGCGAAAAAACAGAAAAUAAAGGACCUCGACAGGAGCCGAAGAAGAAGAAGUCGAGCAAUGCGCGAGGACAAAGCAGGAAAAUAAAACAGGAGAAAAAAGAAAAAGUGGACAAGCAACGCUUGACAGAGCAACUAUCGCUGUUGCGAACGGAACUUCAGGCGUCGCGCAACCGCACGGUCGGCGGCACGGCGCAGGCGGUUCCCGUUACAACUGCGACAGGGGCAGCCAAAAGUAGUGCCAGCAAGCAAAAGAGGAAUAAAACUGCGCAACAGGCUAAAUCUUCAAGAAAGAAUGUUAAAACUCAGCAGGCUACAACUACUUCCGUAGAUCAAGAUCUAGAUGUUACCGGAAAUCGAAAUAAAAUCUCCACACGGAAGAUGUUGAAAACUGGAGUGGACGACGCUGAUGUUCUUGUCGAUGAAAAGAAGAAGAGGAAGACUGUGCUAAUGAACAAGCGCGGCGCCAUCGUCGGCGAAGCGAAUAACGAAGGCAAGGUGGUCCGUUACGACGAGGGAAAGGAGCCCGCCGAAAAAAAAGCGUCCAGCUCGACUAGGCCCGCACCAAAGGACAACACCAUGGACAACGCAAACACGCCCGGGGGCGGAGAAGGACGUGCUACGUCUUUCAAUACUGCAACGAAGAAAGCGAAAGGAACGCCCAACGCCUUGAAGAGCGCCUCCCAGGUUGAUGCUGCUCCGCGGGAAAAGAUGAGCGCAGCUGCGCCCUCAGCUGCUGCGAUUGGUUCCUCCGCAGGCAGGAGUAGUGCGACGGGUGGAAUAAAAAAUGUAUCCUCAGAGCUGCAAAGGCAGCCGCGUUUCAACAUCUCCGACGCUACUAAGGCUGCGCUUCUGUCAGCGAUGCAUGAGAAGCGACGGAGGCGGGAGCAGGAAAAACUAGAUGUCGUGGACGUGUCUGCGACAGCACCUGGGAAAAUGACGAAAAGCAGGACGACACAGAUGAAGUCGACCACUUCAGCCAAAGUGGCUGCUGAAGAACCUUACCGCUCCACCGGGUCGUCCAACCCUAUGGUGCCGUCCGCACACCAGCUGCCAGGCGGCACGACCGCGCCGGCCGAGAACGCGAACAGGCGGCCGGGCUCAGCUCCAACAGCUCCGGGGAUGGUACAUGAUGCUAAAGCCGCCGAACUCGCCUCCAGUGCGACGACAAUGGCUCAGGGUACUAGCACAGCCAGAACGAAAAACGUAGGUGCACCAGCAGACACGUCGUCCACGAGCAGGCCCUCGACCGUGGCUAUCUACCUACCGAAGAAUUUCGUGCCGCUCAAAGUUCCGCACCGAUAUUUUUCCGAAGCCUACGAAUCCAGCCUGAUUAGCACCUGCACUGGGAUGAAUAGCAACAUCAAGUCGGGGGCUGCGUCGUCGUCGUCCAGUACUCGCGCCGCGCAGGAUCGCGAUCGUCAAAAAGACCCUGGCGGUGGUGCCAGGAGACCGGCCUCACUAAAACGCGGACGGGACGAGGGGCAGAGACGUGCAAGUGAAGGCGGAGCGAAUAAAGCGAUUCUCCCGUCGAAGCAACGGCUCCCUAGGGAAGGCAUUGAUUACCCGAAGCCACCUGAGAGGGAGCCGGUCAUGCCCGAACGCAAAGCACCGUACAACUACUCGACUCAUCCUUGUUUUUAUUACAUCCAGCUUCUUAUUGAUUCUUCGUAUGCGAUCUUUUGCAGCUGCGAUAUUGUUGGGUCAUUUCCCGAACAGAUGCGCACGGCACGCGCUUCACUCUUCCUGCACUGACUUUGCUUGAAAGACGACCACGCCAUUUAUUUCUGUUUUCUUUACUACUAUGAAUAAGGAAGGACGACUGCAUGAUGAUCUUCAAGAAAAACUUACCACAGUUUUAUUACCACCGGCUUCGCGGCCUUCGGCGGUCCCCAUGGCGUCGUUGCUGUGACAAUACCGGGGGAGGCGGUAGAUGAGAAGGGCAAGAAAGUGCUGCGCAAAGGCGUCCCCUUGAAUCAGCGCGGGUGCUACGAGUGCCGACCUGAAGAUUUCGUGCAGAUAAAAGGUAUUUUGAUUUGUAUACUACAGCACGACGAAGUUCUAGUUUCACUGCCACGACCGAAUUGGAAAUUGUUCCGUGAUGAAAUUUCUUUCGUCAUCGGAUAUGCUUGGAUAUUCCGCUAGCGUUACGUCAAAUGCAAAUGCCAUCACCAUGGCUUUGGCUGCAGAUCAUCGUUAUAACUAAUACAAAAACUACACAAAAAACAGGUCAAUGGUUAAAUCGGUGGUACAAUAUUCCGAACAACCCGGCGGCAACGAUCAUCGAGCAGCGCAUCGCUGCCCAACAGCGCGCGAAAGCGUUGGCGGACCCGAACAAGUCCAAAAGCACAAUGUCGAUGUCAACAAAAGCGGCCAUCAGCACCACGCCCGCACCGGCCACGGGGAACAGUACUGCGAAUGCCGGUUUCAGUUCGGGAGGCAAUCGAGUGCUCUCUGCCAAACCCUCGACUGUCGGAGGUGGAGGUCCGAGCAAUAUUACCGGUGGGGCUCCAAACAAAAAAAUUGUGCUCUCCAGUACUACGUCGGGAGCUGGUGCUGGAACUACGUCAUCUGCGCAACAGAACAGAACCUUGCCAGCUGGAACGACUGCUACUGCGAGCAAUAAAGCAGACCCCAUCAAUGUAGGUCCUGCCAUCACUGCAACUACUUCCCAAGUCGGAGGUGCGAAGAAAAAAGGGACCGACCCGGUGAAGAUGGGCUACCUGCAGCAGAAACUCCAGGAACAAAAGCAGAAGAUGAAGGAGCGCGCUGCCGCCGCCGCGGCUGCAGCGGCCGCCGAAACGACCAACGGGGCGGCGGGGCCUCCGACUGCCGCAGCUCCUGGGGGACAAGGUCAAGGACAGCCUCAAACAUUACCCCCAACGCCCGGGAUCGUGAGCAGUGCCUCCUCCGCUUCCUCGAGCGGCGGCGCUCCACUUGCGGGUGGUCACCAACAACAAGGACAUCUUCCAGCCCCGCCACCAGGAAUUGCGAGUGCGGUUCCGAGCGGGAGCGGCGCGGCGUCUACUUCCGGGGGCAGUGCCAAUGUGAAGGAUUUGGACCAGGAGCCGACCCCCCAGCAGCCUUCGCCGUCGGAGGGCAGCACCGGAGGGGGUGACCUUGCGGCGGUGUCGCUGCCGGGCGUGUUGGGUGGUGCUACUGGUGACCCGGGAGCAGGUGGGCAGCUCACGACAUCCUCCUCCGGACCGGGCCGCCUGGAGUUUCUCCGGUCCAAGCUCGUGCACGCGCGAAAGAAGAAGGCUGCCGAGCAGGCGGCCGCGCAGGCGGCACUGAGCGCGCAGAGCUCCCCUGCCGUGGAGUCGUCCGACGGGGGCGGUGCUGCACCGGGGAGCUCGGAGGAAAAUAAUAGCUUUCCACGCACUUCUGGCGACGUUCUUGUAGACCAACCGGAGGACAAGAAUUCCUCCAGCAACCACCAAACCUCUUCUUCCUCGUCGUCUUCAAAUAAGAACGAAUCGCCGGGCGGGACAAGCUCCUCGCUGGAGGACGGCGCGUUCUUGCAGGCGAAUGGAGACAAGAGCACCAGUAGAGUUCAACUGGGAGUAGAUCAUCAAUCCCAUAACGGCGUGCUGGCAGUGCCGCCCGGGGCCGCAGGCGGUGAAGAAGUCCGGUCUACUACUUCCAUUGCUCCGAACGGGGGAGGUGCACCAGUAGCGGGAUCAAGAUUGGCACCAGGUCUGCAGCAAGCUGCUUCCGGCGCCGCUUCUGGGGACGCGGGAAUCCUCGGAACUGCAGCGCAUGCGGCGAAAGCGGCAACGUCGAAAAAGACGAUACUGCUGAACAAGCGCUCUGCAGCCGAGCAGGCGAACACCGCUGGCGAUGCGGACCACGACGAUGGGCUGGCUGGCCCGGCAUUGAAGAAGAAGAAAACGCUGGUUUUGCGACGAAAGAAGGGCACCACGGAGCAAGGUGUACCUGUCUCGGAAAUCCCGGCCAAGAAACAGAAAAGCAAGGACGGGAAGUCCGCUGGUACGACUACAGGUGGAGCAGCUGCACAAGCCGGUGCGGCUACUGGAGCACCAGCUGCGAAGCAGGACAAGGAAGUGGUCAACAGUAAACUUAACACAAAAGAUCUUCGCGAGCCCGAGCAUGAACGGCAGGGACCUUCGCCGACCUUGAUGUCUUCAACUGUGCUGGAUCAUACCUUAUCUACUCCCCCCGGCGGAUUGGUUGAUGUGACUCUACUCCAACAUCCCAUAACCUCCACGACCAGCACGAGAACUCCGGCGGUGUUAACUCUGGAAGCUGCAGCAGCUGGUGUCAAAAAAGACAGUAAGCAAAUGGAGCAAAAGCAGGAUCAGCGGCCUGGAGCGGUGGACUCUUCGAGUACACACCAACAACAUGCUGAGACUUGUGCUAAACCGGUGGCACUAGUGCCGGAGACACCUCCCUCAAGCGCGUCGGGAAGGCAACAUGCGCAGGCGAGUUUGGCUGCAUCAGCUAGGGAAGUAGUAAGCGACGGGCCCUCCGUACUUUCUCUACCCGCAGUGCGAGAUUCUCGCGAAGUCAACGGGAGAACUACCACGAGAAAUUCUCGUAAAAACGAAAUCAAGCCCUCAUCUGUAGUCGAGCCGGCGCGAGACACGUCUUCAUCUUCCGCACCACCGGCGUCCGCUUCUGCUGUGUCAGUUGUACGUCUAAAUUCAGACUCAACGCAAUCGGCAGCCGCCUCCGGACAACAUAAAAAAACCAAAGAGGAUGGGGAACUACAAGCUGUCAAGACAACUACAGCGUUCAACUCAACAAGUUCGGCGGCACCGGCGUCGGCCAGUAGAACGACUUCCCGCCCCGAACAAGUGGCACACCCACAUCAAUCUCAGACGCAGCUGCAGCCUAGUUCAUCUUCUCACCAUCCUAGUUCCUCGUCUAGUUCCACCACCUCGAGCAUCGGCGUGCCAACUGGUACGAUGGACGUCGAGCAGGGAUCUUCUGGGGCCAGCAGCUCAUCCGCUGGGGGUGGAACCACGAUAGGCAUGAGGAGGCAGGAUCACCUUAGGCAGAAACUGCAGGAGUUGAAGCAGAAGCGCGGUGGCAUUCUGAGUGAGCAGAAACAUAAUAAUUGUGGAGCUCCUGCCAAAGGAGUUGUUGUAAAUGGAGGAACUAAUGGAGCAGCACAGUCACCUGCAGGCGGGCCCAAAGUACCACUACCUUCAGGUGGUCCUGCCGACGUUAUUCCUGCUGCCGGCGAAGAGAUAUUGAGAUCAACGACCUCGACCACGGAAGGCGCCGCGGCUGUGAGGCAAACAUCUUCAUCGAGCCUCGGCGGCAAAACGAAGAAAGCGAACAAAGUGGCCUCCGCUCUUCAGAAAGAAGACGCAUCGGCAGCAGCGCUUGCACUUGCAGCAGACCAGAGUACUACUCAACACACAGAACAAGAAUCUGCACGAGGCCGGCCACGAGGCAGCGCAGAAAAAGACAUCCUCGUCGAUACGAAAAUGCUGCGCCGGCCUUCUUCAGCCUCAUCCUUGUCGUCGUCCUCACCUGGAGGUGGAUCAGGUGGAAAAGGAAACAAGAAGGCGGCCAGAAGGGAGGCAGCAGCUGCACUAGCGCCGUCGACUUCAAGUGACGACUCCUCGUCCUCAGUCUCUUCGGAUAACAACAGCUCAAGCGAAGAAAAGAAAAGAAAGCGGAAGGUGAACACGCACAAGAGUCGAAAAAAGGCUGAGGAUGUUGACCAGAAAUCUCUUCUACGUGGUGGUGGUCCAGAGAACAAUUAUACCAAAAGCGGCACUACUAGCGCCAACACGUCGACAAUGCUACACAGAGAAGGAGAGGCAAGAAUAGGGGAUCAUGUGGACCUGGAAAAUAAAGAUCGUGUAGUACAACUAUCGAGUCCCAUGAACAACUCGUCUCGAGGACCACCUCAUGAAACAACAUCCGUUCUUUCGGAACAGCCACGCCUCCGCUCGCGCAACGACAGCAUGCGCAGCGUUGCGACUCUCCAAAGCGAGGGCGGCGUGAGCAGCUGUAGCAGCAGCGUCGGUCCGCGUGUUGACAAGAACGACGAGGACGGUUCAGCCAUGUAUAAUCGGCAAGGGACGAUGUUGGACGCUAAUCGCGACGAAUAUGACGAUGACGAAGAUGAACGGUCUGCGGAGUUCGCGGGUAGAAGUUCGGAGCAGUACUACACUCCUGCUGGACCGGGGGUCGUGGACGAUCACGAACAUGGAGCUGCGGGGGGCCAUUAUUACUACCCUCACCACAGUUCUAAUUACGACGACGAGGACGGCGGGCCAGGACUGUACUAUACCACAUCUUCCAAGAACAGUGCUCAGGGGUCGUACAAAGGUAGCGGUAAAAAAGGGGCAGGGAAAGGAAAUAAAACCGGAACAAAUAGUAAGCAUAACAAGAACCAGAACCACUACAGUUCCUCGGAAGAUUAUCCAAGAAAAAAACUGUGUUACUGUAACUUUCUUUGGCUAACAGCAUCACAAGUUUGCCCUACAUGACAGAGAAAACCUGUCAUGCAUAGCUUGUAAGGGAAAACACACAUGAAAAGAGGACUUCAAGGCUGUCUGGCAUGACAGGUGUAACUCUGUUGCAUGUUCUGCAUUACAGAGUUACACUUACACAGUUUUUUUCUUGCAUAAAGAUCAGGACGAAUACUUGACGGACCGAAUGGCAGAGUAUGCCGAGUUAUGAAUUGCAAAUAUGUGUGGGUCUGGAAGGUGGUAACUUGUCAUGGUAAAUCUGAGUCAUACAAUUACAAAAAUAUGUGUUGCAUGAGUGCCAAAAGCUGUCCACUGUCGACCAAGUUGGGAGGGAGUUUCUCAUGCAGGAUAGGCAUGGCAGAGACCUCGCAGAGUCUGUCAUGCUAAGUCCCGCAUUCCAGACCUCGCGGGUCAUGGAAAAUCUGCAUGACAAGUUUACACUCUUCCAGACCCAGACACUUUUGCACUUGAUAUGAGUAUGAUUUUGAUUUUGGCGGUCCAGCCUACAACGCGGCAGGGGGAAACAAGUACAAAGGUGGCGGGGGCGGGCACAAGAAUUCUUACAAGGGCGGCGCCGCAAAAAUGAACACGCACAAAGGUAUAAUACGUUAUAUGAGCUUUUGUCGACUAAAGACGCUAAGAUGUUGGCUUUCUCUUUAUUUUGCUAAGGUGGAGACGAGUUUUGAGGAGAUAUUGAUUCGAUAAUAUGUGGUAGUUUAAUUACAUGAAACAUGAGCUUGAGCAAAGAUUGUCGACGUGUUUUUAUUUUACCCGAAGCUGUACUUGCUGCAUUUUGCAUGUACAAUAGGAUCAUCGAGGUCUUCUACACACUCACACGAAAAAAGGUACUAAGCACAAGAGUGCGCCGCCCAGUAGCGGCUCUUCAGGCGGUUGGUCUCACUUUUCUACGUCCUCGGACAAGGGCACAUCGUCUGGUGGUUACGCAACACAGCACGGAGGUGGAGGGGGGUACUCGCAUUUUUCUAGCAACAAACAUUGGGGCGGCGGAAAGAGCAAAACCAAAAGCAAAUACAGCUGAUGUUUGGAGUACCAACAUGGUUGGCGCACUAGCAGUACACAACUUCUCAGGCCGUUCUCGUUGACGCCAGCAGUACCUUUUGAAGAGCUCGCUCCGAGGUCCCCUGCACACGUAGAUGAAGCUUCCUUUGGUGUUGAGCUGCUUCUUAGGUUGUGUCCUACUUAGCCAAGCAAAUACCGCACUUGGGUUGAUGAUGAGCACGGAGAUGUUCUGAACACCACCACCAGAAAAUAACGACCUCUGAUGUUGAUGAUCUUCACGCGUGCGGGAACAUCUCUGGAUGUUAAAAAACGUAUGGCCGACUUCUGAAAAAUCUGUAAGAACACGAAAAGAAAAAGCGACAAUCAUUGAAGACUAAAAAGAAACGACAGAGCGCGGCCUGAGUUUGCUGCUACUCGAGAGCAAAGAGGCCGCCCAAUAUUAAAAGUCUUCAAAUAUUAAAAAGUG